AGUAAGGAACACAAAUUCUAUGAGUAUUUACUAUUAUCUUAUGAUCUUUGAAUGAGUAUCAUAAAAUUUUGAGUAAUUCCCAAAAGGGUAUUAAGCAGGGUAGGUGCAAUUUCUUUAUACCUGAUAUCACAGCAAAAGCUACAAGGUCAUUUGAGUAACUUCCACGCCUAAGCCAUUACACAUCAGCUUCAUCUUCAACCCUUGUACCGUUGAGAUGUUAACUUCUCAAUCUUCAUAUGUCCCGCCAUGUUUUUCCCACCUAGCCCUUGCUUCACGUUAUGGGAACUGAACAGAACAAAGAACAUAAAGAACAAACCAUAAUCUUAUAUAAAGCUUUCAACGACACCCUUUUGGUGUGUCGUUUAUUGUUCAUCUUCCUCGUUCAUCUUCUUGUAGAACUCGUUUGCUCGACUUAACCGACAAUGAGCUUGAUUGUUUCAGCUGUUUUCCUUUUUGUCAUAUUUUCUCUUGGAGCUGCGUAUGAUCCGUUGGAUCCGAAUGGGAACAUUACGGUCAAAUGGGACGUCAUGUCUUGGACGCCUGAUGGCUAUGUGGCAGUUGUGACAUUGAACAACUUCCAAAUGUACCGGCACAUAAUGAGUCCCGGGUGGACGAUGGGAUGGACGUGGGCGAAAAAGGAAGUGAUAUGGUCGAUGGUCGGGUCGCAAACGACCGAGCAAGGCGAUUGCUCCAAGUUCAAAGGAAACAUUCCUCACUGUUGUAAGAAAACCCCCACUGUUGUGGAUUUGAUGCCAGGAGUUCCUUACAAUCAGCAGUUUACAAACUGCUGCAAAGGUGGGGUUGUGGCAGCUUGGGGACAAGACCCUCAAGCUGCUGUUUCAGCCUUUCAGAUCAGUGUUGGCCAAGCAGGUACUUCAAAUAAGACUGUCAAACUCCCCAAGAACUUCACUCUGCUUGGUCCCGGCCCCGGGUACACUUGUGGCCCCGCCAAGGUCGUGCCUUCCACCACCUUCCUCACGCCCGACCGCCGUCGCAAAACUCAAGCUCUGAUGACUUGGAAUGUGACCUGCACUUACUCUCAGUUUUUGGCCAGAAAAAAUCCUAAUUGUUGUGUUUCUUUCUCAUCGUUCUACAACGAUACGAUCACGUCUUGUCCGUCUUGCACCUGUGGUUGCCAAAACAAGAACAGCUGCAUCAAGAGUGAUUCUAAGAUUCUUAAGCUGGUUGGAAUCAAUACACCAAAGAAAGACAACACCCCGUUGCUGCAGUGCACGCAUCAUAUGUGCCCGGUUCGAGUUCACUGGCACGUGAAACAAAAUUAUAAGGAAUACUGGCGGGUGAAGAUCGCCAUCACAAACUUCAACUAUCGAAUGAACUAUUCGCUUUGGUCUCUCGUCGUCCAGCAUCCAAAUCUGAACAAUGUAACCCAAGUUUUCAGCUUCAACUACAAACCCCUUGUUCCCUAUGAAUCAAUCAAUGACACGGGAAUGUUCUACGGGACGAAGUUUUACAACGACCUUCUGAUGGAAGCAGGGCCAUUUGGGAAUGUACAAUCAGAGGUAUUGCUGCAAAAGGAUCAGAACACCUUCACCUUUAAGCAGGGAUGGGCAUUCCCUCGGAAAGUUUACUUCAAUGGCGACGAGUGCAUGCUUCCACCACCGGAUACAUACCCGUUCCUGCCAAACACUGCCCGCCAAAGGCCCGUCGCCCUCUCAACAUCAUUUGCUUUGCUGCUGCUCUUCCUGCUGCUAGCUAUUUGUUGAGUCCCUUUCUAGAAUUCAAAAUUACACAUGAAGAAAGAAUGUAAUGUAAUUUUUCAGAUCAAGUCCAUAUUUUUGACAUAUAGGAACAAAAUCACCUGCAUACAAGAACUUACAAUCUUUUAGAAAGUUCAAAAUGAAGA